AUGAAUUCAUUGUCCCAACAACCAUCUCCCCCGAAAGGAAUUAAUGAAUGGUCCAACUCAUGCGUACAUUCAUCGAGCCAUUCAUGUUCAGGGACCACUUCUCCUCCUUCGACAAGCAAUGUGAAUAACCAAACCAGCCGAUAUAACAAUCAAAACCUCUCCACUCAAUAUUGUCAUUCUUCAUCUCCUAUUGGUGGCCGAGAAGAAACUUCUUCCUCGAACACCACCAAUAUGACCAUCUCUUUCCAGGCGAUGGAAGGCAGCUGCUCUUCCUGUACCACCGCGGUGGUUUCAACGCCAACGAGUAGUGCUUUGGAAAGUCACAAUGUUGGAAGUGACUCCAUACAUGUGAUUGAGGAAUUGACCAAAUUACUCAAAUUGGAAAAAGAAAGAAAUAGGCUCUUAAUGUUAGAACAACAAAUUUGGAAGCAAAAGGAACAACAACUCUCUCAAAUUUUACACAAUGACUUGGAAACUCUCAAAAACAUCUCGGAAGCUAGUAUUGGAAAUUCAACUCCUUUCUCAACGACUUCAGGUCGCUCUUGUUUUAAACAUGAUUUUAAAGUUUCAUCUCGAAGUGGUGAUCAAACAGGUUCUUCCAAAGCCACGAUCAACAACAGCACCACCACCAGCACCACCACUACUACUUCUGCCAACAAGUCAAACAAUCACUCAUUAUUACCCAUGACAAGUAGUAGUACCUCCACAGCUCCCUCACCUGGCACUACUUCCUCCCUGUCAUCCACAAUUGGUACACAACAAUCUCUCCAUACACCUCUUCCACCUCCCAAACCCAUUCGAUUGGUGACCAAGAUGAAGCAGGCGUUAGCAUCGAAUCACUUGGGAGAGGAUCAAUUGUUGGAACAUGUUAGAGAGUUUGUGAGUUUGGAGAAGGAAUUUGCAUUGGUAUUGAAAUGUUUGAAUCGAUAUUUUCUUCCACUCAUUCAUGAAUGUUUCAGGAAGAGAGAGAUUUCGUGUUUUCCCAAUUUGUUGGCCUUGGAUCAUUUGUUAGUCAUUAUGAAAUUGAAUGCUCAAAUUUAUCAAGAAUUUGACAACUUUUUGAAUCAUCCUCACCAACAACAAGAAAACAAAUCUCUCAAUUUACAACAAAUGAAUGAGACUCCAACAACAUGUCAUUCAUCCUCAAACAACCCUUCCAAUAGUUUGUAUGAACAGUUUUUGAGUGUUCUGUCCAAUCAUGUUCACAAAUUGAGAAUUUUUAAAAAUUACGCUGAGCAUCUUCCUUCCUUGUUACAAAUCCUAAAGAAGGAAUUGAAGAGUAACGAAGAAUUUCAAGAAUAUGUGAGACGAAGUGAGAAGCACUUGUACUCACUCAAGGGUUCUCUGUGGCGAGUGGAUGCCUUUUUUAAAUUUCCCUUAGAGUAUAUUGAAAGGGCAGUCCAAAUUUUGCAGAAUUUAAAGCAAGCGGCAGAGAAAAGCUCCUCCUUAGAUAUGGAGAUUCUUUCGAUGGUGAUUGAGAAGUUUUCCAAAAUUCAAGAAUACAUUCGCUCCUCGACUCAUCCAAAAAUUGAUUUAUCUCAAAUGACAGAAAUUGCAGAAUCUUUAGAGAUGAUUGGGUUGGUGACUGCCAAGAGGUAUCUGAUAAAGAGUUGUCUUGCGGAGAAGAUGAGAGAGAGUGGAGCUGUGACUCCAUGUCGAUUAUUUCUCUUCAAUGAUAUGCUCAUUAUAAAAUACACUCGAAAGUAUCGAUGGUUGUGGUAA